AGCUUUGAAGUCGCCGCCGUUCACUUGAAUUCACUCUAAGCCAUGGUUCACGUCUUGGGGGUGCAGCUGCCAGACUACCAAUAUGCGAGGUUCGCUUUGACUGCAUUCUAUGGCAUCGGCCAUAAAACUGCACAUCGACUUUGUGCACGUCUUCAAAUUCACGACAAGUGCAAAGUCCGAAGUCUAUCGCCCCAUCAAAUCACAGAACUUGCCGCAUUCCUUUCAUCCCCUUCUACUUCAACCCCACUUCCCCGUUUGCCAUUGGCCACGCCGUCCUACAAACCUCCACCGGCUUCAACUGCAUUAGCGGUCCUAAAGGAGGAGACGAAGAAGCUCGCGAAGAAGGCUUGGGCAGAUCCCUUGAGGAAUAUCAAGAUUGAGAGCGAAGCAAGGAGAGUGGUUAAAGAUAAUAUUGCACACCAGCGCAUGAUAGGAAGUUAUGUCGGCAAGAGGCAUGCUAUGGGUCUGCCCGUCCGCGGACAGAACACCCAAAACAACGCGCGGACCGCAAAGAAACUCAACAGGGUCGAUCGUCGUGGUUGAGGGUUUUUACCGCCCAAUUAUGUAUGUGCUUAUAUCCUCGGAAGUCACUUACAUCCCUCUCCGCGCAUCUCCCUU